AUGGCCUCUCGCCAGGGCGUCGUCUCGAUAUCCAGCCGCACAGUCAGACCAUUGCACAGCAGAUCAAGCCAUCUCUACAGCGCCGAAGCAGCUGCCACAGCUCAGCCAGCAACACAUCAAGUUGAUUAUGCACCUUCACUGCUCGGUGAGAUCGCCGCGAGAAGAGCCAAGGCGGGAAAGCUGGUAGCAGGCAUUGCUGCUGCAUCUGAUAGUGACAUGUUCAAGGGACCCCAAACGGGAAAACCGAAAGCGAAAAGAUGGGACAAUCACCUCACUGCUGAGAGCAGAUCGAGGGAGCCCUGCUCUCUCAAGCAAGCUGCCAAGCAUCUAAAACAGCCCGGACUCAUCUCCCUCGGCGGCGGCCUGCCCUCCAGCGAGCUGUUCCCCCUCGAUGAACUCGACAUGAAAGUUGCCAUGCCGCCAGACUUUUCGGAGAAGGCAACGACCACUCACGGACAAAGGGUCACCAUCGGCAAAUACGACGCCCGCGAUCGUGACGGCACCUACGAUCUGUCUAUCGCGCUCAACUAUGGCCAGGCCACAGGAUCUGCUCAGAUGCUUCGAUUCCUUACUGAGCACACCGAGAUUGUUUGCAAGCCGCCCUACGCUGACUGGAGAAUCUGCCAGACUAUUGGCAGUACCGGAGCAUUGGAACAGGCGCUGCGCAUGUUUUUAGACAAGGACCGUGGUGAUUCCGUCUUGACGGAAGAUUUUAGCUUCUCGACGGCUUUAGAGACCAUCGCUCCCCUGGGUGUCAAGGCUUAUGGCAUCCCGAUCGACGAACAAGGUCUCAUCCCCGAAGCCAUGGACGAGCUUCUCACCAACUGGGACGAAACCGCAAGGGGAUCCAGAAAGCCGCACCUCUUAUACACGGUUCCCUCGGGACAGAACCCAACCGGAGCAACUCAGGGCCUCGAGAGGAGGCAGGCCAUCUACCGAGUUGCGCAAAAGCACGACAUAUUCAUCCUGGAAGAUGAGCCGUACUACUUCCUCCAGAUGCAGCCGUAUACGGGCCGCGGCCAGCCCGAUGCCCCUGCGCCGAGCAAUGUUGAGGAAUUCGUCUCAUCUCUCAUUCCCACAUACGUCAGCAUGGAUGUCGACGGCCGAGUAAUGCGAAUGGAUUCUCUUUCAAAGGUUCUGGUCCCGGGAUCCCGUCUUGGAUGGAUCGUCGCCUCGGAGCAGAUUGUCGAAAGAUACCAACGCCACGCCGAGGUCGCCAGUCAAGGACCAAGUGGCUUCUCACAAGUCAUUGUCCACAAGCUGCUGGAUGAGACAUGGGGCCACGAGGGUUAUCUGCGGUGGUUGAUGAACCUGCGGCUGGAGUACACCAAGAAGAGAGACGCGCUGCUAGCUGCUUGCGAGGAUAACUUGCCGCGGGAUCUCGUCAGCUGGACGCCUCCCGCCGCGGGCAUGUUUUUGUGGUUUACUAUUGACCACACCAAGCACCCCAAGGCGGACAGCAGCAGCCUUUUGGAGAUUGAGCAGGAAAUCUUCGAUUCGUGCAUCAAGAGCGGCGUGCUCGUCGCCCGAGGAUCAUGGUUCCUCACGGAAAAGGACUCUGCUCUGCCAGGCCUGUACUUCCGUGCUACGUUUGCUGCGGCUAGCGCUGAGAACAUGAACGCGGCUAUCGCGAGAUUUGGCCAGGCCGUCAAGGAUAGCUUUGGGAGGAAGUAA